CUUCCGCUCGCACAAGCUCGGCGCAACUCGCGCAGCCUGUACCGCCGUAUUCUGCGCGAGAGCCGUCAACUGGAGCCCAACACGCGCGAAUUGUACCGUCGAUUCGCAAGAUCAGUGCAGGUGACAAACGAGAGCUUCCGAUCCGGCUGCCGUUUACAUGAAACGCCUGAUGGGUACAUCCAAGAUGUGUCUAUUCACGGGGCUGAACUUUGGCACGAAAGGCUGCUUUACGCUUGCUCUAGCCCGCUGCACGAUGCAGUGCACCUCUGCGGCCAUUUAUAUAGCUCAGGAAGCUAG